AUGGACGUGGACGUGGACCUGGACCUGGACGUGGACGUGGACGUGGACAUGGACGUGGACAUGGACAUAGACGUGGACGUGGACGUGGACGUGGACGUGGACUUGGACGUGGACGUGGACGUGGACGUGGACGUGGUCGUGGACGUGGACGUGGACGUGGUCGUGGACGUGGACGUGGACAUGGAUGUGGACGUGGACGUGGACGUGGACGUGGACGUGGUCGUGGACGUGGACGUGGACGUGGACGUGGACGUGGACGUGGACAGGGACGUGGACGUGGACGUGGUCGUGGACGUGGACAUGGUCGUGGACGUGGACGUGGACGUGGACGUGGACGUGGACGUGGUCGUGGACGUGGACGUGGACAUGGUCGUGGACGUGGACGUGGACGUGGUCGUGGACGUGGACGUGGACGUGGACGUGGACGUGAACAUGGACGUGGACGUGGACGUGGACGUGGACGUGGACAUGGACGUGGACGUGGACAUGGUCGUGGACGUGGACAUGGACAUGGACGUGGACGUGAACGUGGACGUGGACAUUGUUGUGGACGUGGACGUGGACGUGGACAUGGACAUGGACGUGAACGUGGACGUGGACAUGGACGUGGACGUGGACGUGGACGUGGACGUGGACAUGGACGUGGACGUGGAGGUGGACGUGGACAUGGACGUGGACGUGGACGUGGACGUGGACGUGAACGUAGACUUGGACAUGGUCGUGGACGUGGACGUGGACGUGGACGUGGACAUGGACGUUGACGUGGACGUGGACGUGGACAUGGACAUGGAAGUGGACGUGGACAUGGACGUGGACGUGGACAUAGAUGUGGUCGUGGUCGUGGACCUGGACGUGGUCGUGGACGUGGACGUGGACGUGGAGAUGGACGUGGACGUGGACGUGGACAAGAGCUUGCGUGGUCCAGGAGCUUGCGUGGUCCAAGAGCUUGCGUGGAGCUUGCCUGGUCCAGGAGCAUGCCAGGUCAACGAGCUUGCCUGGUCCAUGAGCGUGUCUGGUCGAGGAGCUUGCUUGGUCUAG